GAAAAUAUUUGGUGCGAUAUAAAGACGCAACAAUCAAAACUGAAAUUUCUGCUUCCGUUUUGUUAUCAGAAACUCACUAAAGUUGAAGAUGAGUUCAAAUCCUAGUGGAAACAGUUCAUUGUUAUUAUCUGAGGAUGAUUUAAUGCCAAAAGCAGUGCCAGUGAGCCCAAUUCAAGAUGUUGGUAGAAUAUCUUGGCAUCCUCAAAAUGCAGGCAUACAAUCAAAUAGUCAAGGACAUCUGCUUCAUCUAGGCAUUCAGUCAGGCACUGCUCAGCCUCUGAUUCCAGGCCAUGGUGUGUUUGUAUCACAUCCAGCACAGUCCUUGAGCUCCAACAAUCCCUCUCUGCAGUUCCAGUCAGGGUAUAUCCUGCAGCCCAUGCCUUCAGAAUCCACAGUCGACGUUCCACAACCUUUUCAUGGAGCAAACAUCUCAAACGCUUCCCUAUCACCGAUGUCAAGUUUUCCAUCUCAGACAGUUUCCAAAUCGCCAACGUCUUCUCCAAGUCAGCCUUUUAGCCAGAUUCCUAUUGCUCCAAAACCGUUCACCCAGAAGUACAUUCCAAGUCUACAAUUUGUAGGCAACAAAGUUGCUAUACCCCGUCAUGGCACUAGACAAUGCAGCUCCGCCACUGCUGUACCGUUCUACCAACAAACCACUGUCCCCAUUCUGGUGUCCACUACUGCCCCAUACCAAAACAUCAAUUUCCCUCAGAGCCAGCAGUAUAGCAGUCAUUUUCACACUCAGAUUCAGACGCAGAGUCAACCGGAGGUGAAGUUGCCGGUGUUUGACAACACUCUUCAACUUGGUGGCCAGGCUUUGGCAUUCAGUGGCAUGAGUUUGCAGAGUUCUGGCCAAGGGAUGGUACCAAUUAUGACCCCUAUUAGUCCAAUUCAGGCCAAUUUUGGGGCCCCUUUCAGCCAGACGAUGUGUAACUUGUUGGUUGUACAGUCGUUAGGUUCUGGCAUACCUAGCUCGGGUAUUUCUACGCUGCAGUCUUUCCCAUCACAGGUGAUGGGAACUUCACAAGUCACAGUGUGUUCUAGUCAACCCAAAGUCUUUCAAGGAAUUCCCACAUCUCGAGUCCACAUAGACAACAGAGGGAAAAAGGAGAAUGAAAUUAUACAUGAAGAUGUUAAUGAUGAAGUUUCCAAACUGCUUCAAGAGGUCUCGGCUACAGUGGUAAACCUUGUGGAAAUAAGUUCAAAAUUAGAUGCAAAUGCUGGAAAGGAAGUGCUAAUUAUGAAUGGGACAAGCAAUGGAUUAGAAGUGCCUAUACAAUCUGAGGACAUUGAUGAUAGUUGGAAACAGAUUGAAGAGAAAUUGGAAACUUGUAGUGACACAAAAUGCUUGUCAAAUGAUAAUCAAGAUGUUCAAGUAUCAAGCUCUAAAGAUUUGUGUGAUUAUAAUUCACCAAUGAGCAUUGAAAACUUUCAUGAAAUGUUUCUUAAUUUGAGAAUGAAAAAGAAAGAAGAAAGAGUAGAAGAUGAAAGCAAUUCAAUGGACAGCUUUGUUCCGAUGUCUAUGGAAAGUGAGUUUCUAUCGAGUAUAAACAGCGAGAGUGGGCGAUCUGAUACAGAGCAGUCCCUUGGCGUAAGAGAUGAAACAUCCAUGGAUGUCAUUCUGGAGUACCCUGAGGCAAAACCAAAUAACCAGGAAGAUGAGAAGGAUGAGCCAGACUUUAUCUGGGAAGAGUAUUUACAACAGAUUGGCAGUUCUGCUGUCCCUCCAUCAGCCUUCAAGCAUGUUGAGCAUAGCUUAGAAAGUGGCUUCGUGAAAGGCAUGAAAUUAGAAGUUCGACUGAAGGACACGCAAGGAGAGACUGAGGCAUUUUGGGUAGCCUCUGUGUUGAUGACAUGUGGACCGCUACUGCGUCUGCGAUACGAAGGAUACCCUGGGGAGGGGGUAGGGGAGUUCUGGUGUGACCGCACAAACUCCGAGGUACACCCGCUGGGCUGGUGUGCAGAGAAUGGGAAGACGCUACAGCCACCCGAAGACAUUCGAGACACUGUGGUAGACUGGCAUGAGUUCAUGAAAGAGACGUUGACUGGGGCCCAGACUGCUCCAGCAUAUCUGCUCAACAAGAAGGGCAGCUGCAGCCCUAUAGACCAGCUGCGGGCAGGUAUGCAGCUUGAGAUGCAGGACAUGCUGUGUCCAUGCGAGGUCUGGGUAGUACAGAUCCUGGAGAAUGUGGGUGGCAGGCUUUACCUGAGGCUGGAGGGAACAGAGUCAGCCUCUCACCACUUCUGGCUGUUCUACCUGAACCCUCGCCUCCAUCCCAUCGGCUGGGCCGCACAGAAAGGCUACAAAUACCAGCCUCCUGCUGACAUCCAUGAUGAGAAGACAGAAGAAGAAUGGCUGGAGAUUCUGCAGAUGGCGACCAAGGAGGCAGAGACAGACCCCUUACCUGGGGAUAUAUUCAAGAAUCAGAUCGAACCAAAACCACACCAGUUCGCUGUUGGUAUGAAGUUAGAAGCGCUGGUGCCUGGUGCAAACGGUAUAUCCCCAGCAACAGUUGUUAAAGUGGUCAACAACCUAUAUUUUGUUAUCGAGAUCGAUGAUGUAAGAGGCCCUGCUGAAAGGGAGAGCAUCCAGUUAAGCUGUCAUUCUGAAUACCUUGGUAUUUUCCCAGUGUCUUGGUGCCAGUGUAAAGGCAUCCGACUGAUGCCUCCCCCGGGUUGGUCCUAUGGUGAUUUCGUUUGGGGCGAGUAUCUCACGAGAUGUGGAGCCAAGGCUGCCCCAGAGAAACUGUUCAACUCAGGAACAGAUGAGCAUGAAUUUGAACGAGGCAUGAAGUUAGAAGCUGUCAAUCCAGCAAAUGAAAAUCAAAUAUGUGCUGCCACAAUUACAAAAAUAGUUGGACCCCUUCUGUGGAUUCACCUGGACCACUUGCGAGAUGUCCCCAGUCAUAUAGAGGACAUUGAUUCACACAACUUGUUCCCUGUCGGCUGGUGUGAAAGCAACAACUAUGUUCUUAAACCACCAAUAAAGGCAAAACGAUGUCAGCGAAUGCCAUCAGACUAUAGGACCGAGGCAGUGUAUAGAGCUGUCACACUUUCUCAUGGAGCGGAAGACAUAGGCCCCUGGUGCCCCAAGCUCUACUUCAACCAUCGCUGUUUCUCUGGCCCCUACCUCAGUAAGGGCCGUAUAGCUGACCUUCCGUGCUCCAUUGGUCCUGGACCCAUGGACCUGGUCCUGAAGGCUGUGCUGAGUCAGCUGAUCAACGUCGCAUACAAGUCAUCCAAGGCCUUGAAGGAAAUCCAGCUAGAGGGCGCUCCCAAUCCAAACAUGACUCAGCAAGUUUUGAAAGCAAAGUACAAAGGCAAGGUGCACAGCGGUGUGGUGGAGACAUGUCAGCGAGAGGACCAGCUGGAGGAGUAUUGUCGUAAUGUGUGCAUCAAGCUCGAGUGCUGUCCUUACAUCAUCAGCCCUCUACAUGUGCUGGAGAACUGUCCUGAGAACUGUCAGCAGAUGACCAAGACCAAAUACAACUAUAGCUACGGCAACAAGAGAAAACGACUAGGCCCACUCCACUUUGCCCCAAGGCCCGCAAUAAAUCAAGCUCCCAGCGGAAUCUGCUUAAGAAGGGCCGCAAGGAAGUCGUUCCUGUUGACACAGAAGAAGGACAUCCAUGAUGAGAAGACGGAAGAAGAUUGGCUGGAGAUUCUGCAGAUGGCGACCAAGGAGGCAGAGACAGACCCCUUACCUGGGGAUAUAUUCAAGAAUCAGAUCGAACCAAAACCACACCAGUUCGCUGUUGGUAUGAAGUUAGAAGCGCUGGUGCCUGGUGCAAACGGUAUAUCCCCAGCAACAGUUGUCAAAGUGGUCAACAACCUAUAUUUUGUUAUCGAGAUCGAUGAUGUAAGAGGCCCUGCUGAAAGGGAGAGCAUCCAGUUAAGCUGUCAUUCUGAAUACCUUGGUAUUUUCCCAGUGUCUUGGUGCCAGUGUAAAGGCAUCCGACUGAUGCCUCCCCCGGGUUGGUACUAUGGUGAUUUCGUUUGGGGCGAGUAUCUCACGAGAUGUGGAGCCAAGGCUGCCCCAGAGAAACUGUUCAACUCAGGAACAGAUGAGCAUGAAUUUGAACGAGGCAUGAAGUUAGAAGCUGUCAAUCCAGCAAAUGAUAAUCAAAUAUGUGCUGCCACAAUUACAAAAAUAGUUGGACCCCUUCUGUGGAUUCACCUGGACCACUUGCGAGAUGUCCCCAGUCAUAUAGAGGACAUUGAUUCACACAACUUGUUCCCUGUCGGCUGGUGUGAAAGCAACAACUAUGUUCUUAAACCACCAAUAAAGGCAAAACGAUGUCAGCGAAUGCCAUCAGACUAUAGGACCGAGGCAGUGUAUAGAGCCGUCACACUUUCUCAUGGAGCGGAAGACAUAGGCCCCUGGUGCCCCAAGCUCUACUUCAACCAUCGCUGUUUCUCAGGCCCCUACCUCAGUAAGGGCCGUAUAGCUGACCUUCCGUGCUCCAUUGGUCCUGGACCCAUGGACCUGGUCCUGAAGGCUGUGCUGAGUCAGCUAAUCAACGUUGCAUACAAGUCAUCCAAGGCCUUGAAGGAAAUCCAGCUAGAGGGUGCUCCCAAUCCAAACAUGACUCAGCAAGUUUUGAAAGCAAAGUACAAAGGCAAGGUGCACAGUGGUGUGGUGGAGACAUGUCAGCGAGAGGACCAGCUGGAGGAGUAUUGUCGUAAUGUGUGCAUCAAGCUCGAGUGCUGUCCUUACAUCAUCAGCCCUCUACAUGUGCUGGAGAACUGUCCUGAGAACUGUCAGCAGAUGACCAAGACCAAAUACAACUAUAGCUACGGCAACAAGAAGAAACGACUAGGCCCACUCCACUUUGCCCCAAGGCCCGCAAUAAAGUCAAGCUCCCAGCGGAAUCUGCUUAAGAAGGGCCGCAAAAGGAAGUCGUUCCUGUUGACACAGAAGAAGGGUCGUCGCCAGGGUAGCACACGGGGUGGGUACAUCCCAGUGGGUCAGCGGGAUCGAGAGUUGGAUGAAGGGUUCAUAGACGGGGCAGACGAGGAAUAUGACUACCCUAGGCACAAGCGGAAGCACCCACACCAUGUCUCACACUACGAAAUUCAGGCAAGGAGAGCUAAAAUGCCCAAGUAUAGCUUUGAGAGGAAAACCCACAGGAAAAUUUACACAUCCCCUAAUCCAAAGCAUCAUUUUAUAGCUGAGCGUGUUCCUCGUGGGUCAUCACGGUACCAGCAGUCUAGCCGUCUGCAUCCGCGGCCAGACUCCAUGAGUCUGGACAGCAACCCCCUGCACUGGUCAGUCACUGAGGUCCUACAGUUCAUCAAGACCACUGACUGCUCACACCUGGCUCGCAUACUCAAGGAACAGGAAGUUGAUGGGCAGGCGUUUCUGCUGUUGGAUCUACCGACAGUUCAAGAGCAUCUUGAGUUAAAACUAGGUCCUGCUGUGAAACUGUGCCACCAGAUUGAGAGACUUAAAGUGGCUUUCUAUGAGAACUAUGCUUAGGUCCUGCUGUGAAACUGUGCCACCAGAUUGAGAGACUUAAAGUGGCUUUUUAUGAGAACUAUGCAUAGCCGCUGCCCAGAGGUGAUUAGAUGAGAGAUACCCAAAAGUGGCCGCCUCACUACGCAAAGCAGGUUGAGUGUAGCACCAUGGAGGAUUGUCAACAUUGUUAGGAGAAUAAAAUUAUAUGACUCAACAUAGCCGGUUGACUUGGCGCUUUGCUAUGAGCAAGUGACUUCAAUUGUUUGUCAUUACAAAAAGGAAGACAAAUAGACUUUGUGUAUGUGUGUCACCAUAUACAUACUUAAAGUGGCUUUCUUUACCGCUUAGAUAUGUUUUUUGAUGUGUCUGUAGUCCUUUAGAAAAUUAAAUUUACUCAAAGAACUUUCUUACUAAAUUCAAACUUACCGGUAUAGAGGUUUAUUUACAACAAUUAGAUGCUGACGAGCAGCAAACAUCAUAAAACCUGAACAGACUGCGAGUUACUCACAAGCUAUUCUGGUUAUAUGCUGUUUGAAAGCCACUUUUUUCACUUAGCUUCUAAGUGGGAAAGGGUUAAAGUAUUUGGGUGUCAGCAGAUUUAAUCACUCAAAGUCAGAAACAUUGUGUGAAAACUGUGCUUAGCAUGCAUCUGACCCACCUGUUAUGUGCUUAGCAUGCAUCUGGCCCACCUGUUAUGGAGACAUAGCAGCUUUAAAAUAGGCUAAUCAGACUAGGGGUAGUUUUAUGUAAACAUAAUUUAUGUGACUGGAAACAAAUUAAGUGUCUAUAAGAACUAUUCUAAGCAGUUAUGUAUUGACCUGGUGUUAAGUUGUUUGAUAAUUCUAAUAAAGAGGCUUGUGAGGUUUGAAAACGUAAUGAAAAUAAACUGUACACACAAGUGUCAAUCAGCUGAAAUUGAAAAUAGUUUGCACUAUAAUAAAGAGUAGACUUAGUUUCUAACAAUUAAUAACAGGUGCCAAAAUAUACCUUUGAGAUUGGCUUUGUACAAAAACUACUAUCGUCUGCCAUAUUCAAUUGUAAAUUUGUACAAAUUGAUUAAAUUGUAUUAGAUUGAAAAUCUUCUUGUUUUGCAUCGUAUAGAUACUAGCAGUGUUCAAUUUUCUAUCGUGAGUCACUAUGUCUUUCCAUACAUAAUAACCAGAAACCACUGGUUGUCGUAAGUUCAGCUGCAAACACUCUCAUCAUUUUAGCUUUACUCUGUGAAAAAUGGGUUAAAGUGUUGUCUCAGAUAAGCAUGCACAGACUGCACAGGCUAGUUAGGGACAGCACUUUCUGCUUUUAUGGACUUCUUAUAAAAAAUCCAUUUAAGGCGGAGAGCCUGCAAGGACUGCACAGGCAAAAUGUGGGACAACACUUUAGGCACGUGCAUUCAGGCCCCUUUUCCCAAAGCGAGGCUUAUCUUUUGCAACCAUGGACAAAGCUACUUUGGCCAAGCCCAUAAAGGCACUAGUUUGAGAAGUAUUAGUGCAAUUAUGUUUUGUUAGGCAAAACGCAUCUGGCAAGUUUGUUACACUUAUAAGAAUACAUGGUUUGUUUUUGAAGGAUAUAUACAUGCAUUUUAAUGUUGUGGAUCAAUUGCAUUUUUCUAUGUAGAUGUUUGCCAUAGGGACUUAACAUAUAUUUGUUGUUCAAAAGAUAAACAAAGCAUACAAUUAAUUGUAAAGUGAGCUUCAUGUACACAAAACUAUUUUUUAUGUACAUGGACAUCCCUGGAAUCGCUAUUCCCUAAAUCAGAUAAUUAUUUUAAUUUAGCUGUGAUAUGGCCAUUUAUAAACUGGAAUGAUUAUCUUUCUAUGCUGCAUUAUUGAUUAUUUGUGUAUCUGUUACUUAAAUGUAUUCCAAAAAAAUGUUUGUGGGUAUUUCAAUUAAGUGUCUUGAUGACAAAUAAACUCUUUUCUGAUA